AUGAGUUUUUUCGUCUUACAGGUCCUUUUUCGAGUUUUUAUCUAUAUCAUCCGGAAAUUCAGAUUAUUUUGAUGUUCAUUUUCAAUGCGUACCUAGUAGUAGGUUGUACGAAGAGACAAUCACCUACUUCCUCAAGGGUUCUUUAUAUUUCUUUUUUUUUAGACUCAAAAUCUAGGCUUCCAAAGAAACGACAGUUGCGUCGGCCAGGUCGGUCCUGCAGGAGCCGUCCAAGGUCCUUUUUUCAAUUUUAAUCAUUGAUUUUCGUUGAUUUGAGGUGGAAAAAGUGGUAAAAUCAUCAAAAGAGGAGCCAAAGCCAAAAGAAGAGCCAAAAAAAGAAGAUUUGACAACUUCGAGGGAGCCGUCCAAGAAAUCGGAGAAAACGGUUCAAAAGAAAAUUGACGACAGGAGGGAUGCUAAAAAUGAUGUCGAGAUCGAAGUGGGUAAAAAAAUAAUGAAAUUAUCGGAAAAUUCCUAAUAAUCCUCAAAAGCCCAAGGGAUCACUCAAGCAACAUUAUGAUCAUUAUUAAAGGCUUAAGAUGCCCUUGGAGCUUCAAACUCUCGUAAAUUGCUUUGAUUCAAAGCAUUAGUGAUCACUCAAGCAAUCUUCAAGUUUUUAAGAUGUCCUCCAAACUUCAAAUUUUCAUAGAAGAUCUCUAUUUGAAGCUCUAGUGAUCCCUUAAGCUAUCAAAUCGUAAUCUUCAAAGGCUAAAUAUGACCAUCGAACUUCAAAUUCUCGUAAAGACUUUUAUUCGAAGUUUGAGUGGUCAUUUGAGCCGUUCCCUUUACCCAUAAACACUGUUAUUUGUCUAUAAUCAUCUUUCGGAAGCUUUUUCGAAAGAAAAGAGAGCGCAGACAAGUCAAAAGUCAUUUCAAGAGAAAAAUAUCCUAUUUUCAGGAGUCCGUGAACACAAUAUUCAACAAGGGUGUGACAAACGUCAACGAGAGCGUCUUCUGA